UACACACUCAAGCCUCUUACAGCAGUUACUCUUGGCGUUACAUAAACAGAUGAACGACAGAGUGAAAGUGAAAGGGCUUUUAUCAGACUUCCUGUGUCUUCAUACCUCUCAGUCCGAUUCUGCACAAAGCACAAAGCAAACGUUUGUUUCGGCUUUAAUUCGACUUCAUGAUGACUCGUGCACUCAGGGUCUCCUUUAUGGUUCUUGGGAACACCAUGAACACCCACAAGCUCUUUAUGGACAAGCUCAAGUCCAAAGUGAAGCUACAUGAAGUGUCCUCAAGGGAACAAAGUGACGUCAUCAUAGCUUUUGUACCGAUCGUGUCUCGAGCUGGAACGGACAUUCAAGCUGCUCUUGACCAGAUUCCGAAAGGACUUCCACACCAGCGCAUCAUUCUGGUGUCUCUACACCACACAUUUAAUCCUAGUUACAUCGCUCCAGACAGCAGACACUCUGUUAAAAGGAGUGACGUGUUUGCUGUGGAUUGUCUCUUUUAUGAAGGCAAGGGACUGCUGGACUCCCAGUGCAAUGACAAGGCACUGAAAAGAGUAAUAAAUCACCUCGGAGGAGAAACGCCACAAGAUAAUGCCUCUCUCUGUCCAAGUGUUGUGGACAACGAUAAACUGAUUUGUUGGAUAAUGACUGAGCUGAUCCUCCUCUUUGUUGGUUGUUUUUUGCCAGAAGGAUACAGCUUCUUCAUGUUUUUUAUGACUGAGAAUUUUCUGCUGAUUAUCGUGGUUGUCAUCCUGAAUUGCUGGAGCUGUAGCAAGUCGCCUUUUUUGACUUUUCUUUUUAUAAAUAUUGGGUUCCUUUUCAUAACCAUCGUUAAGAGCAGCAUGACUUCGAAUCAAGAUUCACAUAAUCAUUACAACAGAAAUUAAAAUGAGUAAUAAGGAAAAUUCUCCAAGUUUUGAUAUGUGAUUGAAAUUUAUGUGUGUAAACUGUAAAAUCUCAAUAGACUGAGAAUAACUCUAUGGUCCAGUUACUGAGUUACUUAACAUAACUGAACGUAGACGAUGAUAAUGAUGAUAAACAGAUAUUAUUUUGCCUGAUAUUGUCUGUGUAUGUUCUGGUUUAAACAACUGAAGUCUUGAUGAUACUCAAAAAAAAAAAAGAAGCAUGUAUCUGCUCGAUAAUAAAUUAGAGGAAUGAGAAACAAAAA